AUGAACACUAGCGCAUUGCUCGACUCGUAUUAUGAACUAUCCGGUGAGCAGAUGAAUCACAUUAACGAGGUGGUGGCCCGGGCCCUGCUCCAUGUGGUCCAUCAUCAUAUACUCAGUGUGACGCCUUCGUUGGUGCUCACCCUGUGCUGCCGGAGUGAGCAUACUUGCAACUUUUACAACGAAAUGAUGAGCACAUUGUUCCGGGAGUGGGGACUGGCUCCGCUUCAGAUCGUCAAUGUGCAGCGGGGUGUGCCAUGGCAACCGGUUGCUGGGCGGCGGCACUUCAACGUUAUCUUCACGGACUCCUUUGCCGCCUUCUCGGAGAUUCGGAUGGAGUACUAUGCCCGGGAGUAUAACUACAAUGAGCACUACUUCAUCUUCCUGCAGGCUCGAGAUCGUCUGCUCCAGGGCGAGAUGCGGCUAAUCUUUGACUAUUGCUGGCGCUAUCAGCUCAUCCAUUGCAGUGUCCAGGUGCAGAAAUCCAAUGGGGAUAUCCUCUUCUACAGCUACUAUCCUUUUGGGGAGCGGGGAUGUGCAGAUAUGGAGCCGCAGUUGAUUAAUCGCUAUAAUGGUAGCACACUGGAGGAGCCGGAGAUCUUUCCAAGGAAACUGCGUAACUUCUAUGGGUGUCCUGUGAGAUGCGCCCUCUGGCAUUCACCGCCCUUCCUGCGGCUGGCGGAGGAGGAUGUGGAUGCCAUCUCAGUGACCGGUGGCUAUGAGGGACGCCUGCUCUUGGCCCUGGCCGAGAAGAUGAACUUUAGCAUCGCUGUGCGUCCGAUACAGAGGAACGUCCGCGAUGGCACCUUGGAGAUGCUGCAGCGCGGCGAGGCGGAUCUAACCCUGGGUGGUAUCCGGCAGACAGUGGACCGAGGUAUGGUGGCCACAUCGACGCACAAUUACCAUCAAACCCGGGAGGUUUUCGGCGUGCUAGCUUCUAGCUACGAGCUGAGCUCCUUGGACAUUCUGCUUUACCCAUACCGCCUGCAGAUCUGGCUGGGCAUACUCGGUGUGGUGGCUCUGUCGGCUCUCCUACAGCUGGCUGUGGAUCGGCUGCUCCGGGAGCAUGGUGCUGAUGCGAAUCUGGGAGCACGUUCCUGGCUCAAUCUGGAGCUUAUAUUCGUGGGUAUGCCACUAAUGGAUACACCAAGGAGUCACACUGCCCGGCUCUACUGCCUGAUGCUAAUGAUGUACACACUGAUCAUCCGGACCAUCUAUCAGGGCUUGCUCUACCAUUUGAUCCGGACACAUCAGCUAAACCGGUGGCCGCAGACCAUUGAAUCCCUGGUGGAACGUAACUACACGGUAGUGCUGACACCCAUUGUCCUCGAGGUGUUAAAGGAGAUACCCAGCGUUCAGCAUAUGAAGUUUCGUUUGCUGGAGGAUCCCGGCACCGAGCUGGAGCCGCUCAACUUCCUGGAGGCGAAUCAUCAGCUGCGUCGGCAUGUGACCGCCUCUGCCCUGGAUAUUUUUGUCCAGUUUAAUCGUCUGAGCGCUGUGCAAGUUCACCAGGAAGGCGGCAACUCUGCGGAAACGGUAGCCCAUUUUGAGAUUGUGCCAGAGGAUAUCAUCAAUAUGCAGUUGACCAUGUAUCUGACCAAGCACUCCUUCCUUGUUGACCACCUGAAUGAGGAGAUCAUGUGGAUGCGAUCUGUGGGUUUACUGGCCGUGUGGUCCAGGUGGGAGCUGGUCGAGACCUAUCUGCGGAGUGAGCAGAGCUACCAGAUCCUGGGCCUCGUCGAGCUCUAUGCCAUCUUCCUGAUAGUCCUUGUUGGCCUGCUCCUCAGCCUUGUUGUCUUUCUGUGUGAGCUGCUCUCCCUGAGAUGCCGGCUUCUAAAGAGGUUCUUUUCCUAGCAGUUCAAGGAUCAGA